GCGCCGCCGGCGCCGGCGCCGCCGGCGCCGGCGCCGGCGCCGGCGCCGGCGCCGGCGCCGGCGCCGCCGGCGCCGGCGCCGCCGGCGCCGGCGCCGGCGCCGGCGCCGGCGCCGGCGCCGGCGCCGGCGCCGCCGGCGCCGGCGCCGCCGGCGCCGGCGCCGGCGCCGGCGCCGGCGCCGGCGCCGGCGCCGGCGCCGGCGCCGGCGCCGGCGCCGGCGCCCCGGCCCGAGCCCCCCCGCGCCCCCGCCUGUCGCCCCCCCCGCACCCCGGGCCCGCCCGCCCCCCCGCGCCCCGCGGACGCCCCCCCGCCCCCGCGCGACCGCCCGCCGGCCGCCUCACCGCGCCCCCACCGGCCCCCCGCACCCCCGCGCACCACCCCCGCGCCCGGCCGCCUACGCCCGCGCCCCGACACACCCCCGCCGGCCGCCGCCACCCUGCCGCCCCCCCGAACCCGCUCCCCGCCCCCCCCGCCGCCGCGCCCGCGCGCCCCUCGCGCGGCGACCCCCCGCUGCCCGCCCCCCCGCGCGCCCCCCCGGCCCCGCCGCCCCCCGUGCCGCGCCGCGCCGCCCGACCCCCGCGGCCCGCGCCCCGCCUCCCCCCGCCCGCGGCGCCCCGCCCCCCCCGCCGCCCGCCCCCGCCCCGCCGGCCGCGCGGCCCCCCCGACGCGCCGCGCCCCCCCCCCGCCGCCCCUCCCCGCCCGCGGCCCCGACCCGCGCGCCCCGCCCCGCCGCCGCCGCCCGCCCAGCCGCCCCCCGGGCCCCCUCGGCCCGUCCGCGCGCCGCCGCGCGCCCGCCCCCGCCCGACUCGGGCGCCGUCCGCCGCCCCUGCCUCCCCCGCGACAGCCGCGACCCCGCCGCCCCCCACGACCCCCGCUCGCCCGCCGCGCGCGCCGCGCGCCCGCCGCGCGCGACCCGCCGACGCGGCGCCGCGCCGGCGCCGGCCCGCCCGCCGCAGCUCGCCCCGCGCUUGACCGGGCCCCCGCCGCGCCCGCACCCGCGGCGGCGCCGCGGCGCCCCCCCGGCGGCCGCGCCGGCGCUCGCCCCCCCUGCGACGGCGCCCAGCCGCCCCCCGGCCCGCUCUGCGCCCCGCGCAUCCGCGACCCAGGCCCCCGGCGGCCCCGCCCGCCCGCGCCCCUUACCGCCGCCGGGCCGCCGGCCGCGCCCCGCCCCGCGCGGCGCGCCGACCCUGACCCCCCUCGGCUCCCUCCCGCCCCCCGCUGCCAGUACUCCGGCCGGGUCCCCGCCCCACGCCGUGCGCGGUCGCGCCCCCCGCGACCCCCGUCGCCGCGCGCGCCCCGCCGCCCGGCAGCCCGGCGCCGCGGCCCGACGCCGCCCCCCCGCUGUCUGCCCGCGCCGCCCCCCCGCCCCGUCCCCCGGCCGCACCAGCCGCCCCCGCUGCGGCUGCCCGGCCGCCUCCCCCAGCGCUCCCGCCCCGCCCACCGCCGCGCCGCGGGCCGCCCGACGCCCGCGCCCCCGCCGCCCCGCCGCCGCCCACCCGCCGCCCCACCACCGGCCCCCCCGCCCGCGCCCGCCCGGCCCCGCGACGGCCCCCCGUCCCGCUGA